AUUUUGUUUGCUAUAAACACAAAUUGUUUGCUAUAUCCCGCUUCCACAAGUCUGGGUCUCACUUCUUCGGUGUCUGUGCCUGUGGCUGAGUUCUUUCCCGAACGCCGCAUACUUGUCGAUUGGUGCUUUGCCAUUGGCUAUGACCUGCCACACAAUCUGAGCUCCUUCUAUAGCAUUCCCAUCUGGCCAGGCUUUGCCAACUAUCACACCAAACGUGAGCUGCCGCGUUUAGAGCAUAACCAGCCGGACUUCUAUGCUAAGUAUGGCUAUGAUGUCGACACUCAAAUGCAUCCCAAGGAUAUUUCAGCGGGCGAGCUCUAUGCAGCUAUUGAAGAUGCCUUGACGGGCUAUGGCUUCCAUGACACUUGUCUGCUCCGCAGCGUUUGUGAGCUGGCAGCGCAGCCCUUUGAUGACAAUCAUUCGCACUUGUUAAGCGACAUUGUAACAUUUAUACUCAGUCCCACACAACAUGAUGGCUUUUUGGACAGCGAACAGCUGUAUAGAGAGGUCUAUGAGCAGGCGGAGUUGGAUGGCUUCCUUGGCAAGGACUGUGCUCAGUUGUAUGCGCAUUGUCAGCACGAUAUUUUGCGACUCGUUAGCAAUGUCAUAUCUGCCUAG